AUGGAAAUUCUCUGUGAAGACAAUACUUCUCUGAGCUCGAUUCCAAACUCCUUAAUGCAAUUAGACGGUGACUCCAGGCUCUACCAUAACGACUUCAACUCCAGAGACGCUAACGGUUCUGAUGCAUUGAACUGGACAAUUGAUGCUGAAAACCGAACCAACCUGUCCUGCGAAGGGUACCUCCCACCGACAUGCCUCUCCAUCCUUCAUCUCCAGGGGAAAAACUGGUCUGCUCUAUUGACAACUGUAGUGAUUAUUCUGACCAUUGCUGGAAACAUACUGGUCAUCAUGGCUGUGUCCCUAGAGAAAAAGCUACAGAAUGCCACCAACUAUUUCCUGAUGUCACUUGCCAUAGCUGAUAUGCUGCUGGGCUUCCUUGUCAUGCCUGUGUCCAUGUUAACCAUCUUGUAUGGGUACCGGUGGCCUUUGCCCAGCAAGCUCUGUGCAGUCUGGAUUUACCUGGACGUCCUCUUCUCCACCGCCUCUAUCAUGCACCUCUGCGCCAUCUCUCUGGACCGCUACGUGGCGAUCCAGAACCCCAUCCACCACAGCCGCUUCAACUCCAGAACCAAGGCCUUCCUGAAGAUCAUCGCUGUGUGGACCAUAUCCGUAGGUAUAUCCAUGCCGAUCCCAGUCUUUGGAUUGCAGGACGAUUCGAAGGUCUUUAAGGAGGGGAGCUGCCUGCUCGCUGAUGACAACUUUGUCCUCAUAGGUUCUUUCGUGGCAUUUUUCAUCCCCUUAACCAUCAUGGUGAUUACCUACUUCCUCACUAUCAAGUCACUUCAGAAAGAAGCCACCUUGUGUGUGAGCGACCUCAGCACCCGGGCCAAAUUAGCGUCCUUCAGCUUCCUCCCUCAGAGUUCUAUGUCCUCCGAAAAGCUCUUCCAGCGGUCCAUCCACAGGGAGCAGGGCUCCUACGCAGGCAGGAGGACGAUGCAGUCCAUCAGCAAUGAGCAAAAAGCGUGCAAGGUACUGGGCAUCGUGUUCUUUCUGUUUGUCGUCAUGUGGUGCCCCUUCUUCAUCACCAACAUCAUGGCCGUCAUCUGCAAGGAGUCCUGCAAUGAGAAUGUCAUCGGAGCCCUGCUCAACGUGUUCGUCUGGAUUGGUUACCUCUCCUCCGCUGUCAAUCCACUGGUCUAUACACUGUUCAAUAAGACUUACAGGUCUGCUUUCUCGCGGUACAUUCAGUGUCAGUACAAGGAGAACAGAAAGCCCCUGCAGCUAAUUUUAGUGAACACUAUACCCACAUUGGCAUACAAGUCUAGUCAACUCCAGGGAGGACAGAAAAAGGACUCAGAGGAAGACGCUGAACCAACAGGUAACGACUGCUCUCUGGUUACUCUAGGAAAACAACCCUCAGAAGAGACCUGUACAGACAAUAUCAACACCGUGAACGAAAAGAUUAGCAGUGUGUGA